AUGAACUACCUCGAAUAUCCGGCAAAAUUUCAAAAUCAAGUCGUCGCCAAGUACCUCAACAAAAUGGAACCUCACCUGUACUACGCCAUCGCCAUGCUCGGUACAAUAGCAGCGAUUUUCAAGUUCUUCUUAUAUCCUGCAUUUUUCUCUCCCCUCGCGAAAAUUCCCAAUGCGCACUGGUCUUGCAGUUUCAGUUCUAUCUGGAUUUUUUGGAUGAGAUGGACCAAGCAGGAGAACAGUCGAGUAUACGAGCUUCAUAUGGCCAAGGGCGCUACUAUUCGAUUGGUUCCAAGUCUCAUUAGUGUGAACUCCUAUGAGGACGGACUAAAGAAAAUAUAUCACGGAGGUUUCCCUAAACCAGAGUUUUAUUUCAACGGGUUUGCUGUAUACGGUACCGACAAUCUAUUUACUAUCAAGGAUAACCAAACUCAUGCUGCGCAGAAAAAAGCACUGUCAAGCCGCUUCACAAAAUCCUUUGUCAUGUCAUCUCAGACUGCCCGCGGCGCAUCGCGAGACAUUUUGUUCAAUCGCGUCCUUCCCUUACUUUACAAAGCAUCCACUAAGGACAAGCCUAUCGAGGUGAUGGAUCUCACUUACGCCUAUCUCCUAGACACUUUUGUCCAGUGGCAGUUUGGAAGGUCGCUGGCCAGCAACACGGUUGAAGACGAGAAAGAAAGACGGUUUUACUUUGAUGGGUUUCUUGGUGUGGCUGAAUACACCUUUUGGCAGUACCACUUCCCUCGUCUGGUUACCAUGUUCCAUAAAAUCGGGGUUCAUUUGAUUCCUAAAAGUGUCCUAUCGGCAUUUGAAGGAGUCGAGAACUGGAAUCUGGAGAAAUGCGAUCAAGCCCAACAACAUUUAGCUAGUGGAAAGCAGUUGUCAGUGGAUGAUCAGCCGGUCGCAUUCGAACCAGUACUCAAGGGGAUGAGUGAGGUCAACGCAAAGCCCAAAAUGUACCCACAGCGACUUCGAUUGGCAAGCGACAUGUUCUCGUUGAAUUCUGGAGCAUUUGAGACCAGCGGAAAUACCUCAACCUAUCUGCUCUACGAGUUGAGUCGCCACCCAGAAUGGCAGGCCAGACUUCGUGAAGAACUGCUUGGUCUCAACCCGCCUUUGAAGCACGUACCUGGGAAGCUACUUGAAGUCAGUGACAUCACAAACCCUCAGGAUAUCGAUAAAUUACCGAUACUUCAUGCUGUUUUAAUGGAAACUCUUCGACUUUGGCCCUCGGUGCCAGGUGGCCAGCCCCGGGUAGUGCCUCGGCCUUGUACUCUGGGUAGCUAUCACGAUAUCCCUGCUGGAACCACUGUGCAAUCAUAUGCGUCUGUUCUUCACCGAAUGCCUGAUAUAUUUCCGGAACCAAUGGAAUGGAAGCCAGAAAGAUGGAUCGAUUCAUCGCCGGAGCAGUUAGCUCUCAUGAAAAAAUGGUUCUGGGGAUUUGGGAGUGGCGGAAGAAUGUGUCUUGGAAUCCACUUUGCGUAUUAUUCAAUCAAGUUCUUCUUUGCAAGUGUUUAUUCCAAUUUUACUACCACCAUUUACGACCAUGGAGAUAUGGAAGCAAGCGAUGGUUAUCUCGCAGGCCCAAAGGGUCAUCGUCUGGAACUGAAAUUUCACCUUUUAGAGUGA